UGCUAAAACUGAAUCAUGGCUGCCGUGCUGCUGGCGCUUGGAGUUCUUGCUUUUGUCAUUCUCGUCGCUGCCUACGUAUGCUGGAAGAGAUGGAUUGGAAAGUUGAAGCAGUUUAAAUCACCUCCGAUGCACGUCUUCUUUGGUCACUCACUCUUCUUCCCUAGUGACCCAUCUGAGCUGCUGAUGAAGGUCAGAGAUUGGCUUUUGGACAAUGACAAGAAGGUCUUACUGCUUCUUGGACCUCAUCCAUUUUUCUUAACAGCAACUCCUGAGCAUGCUAUGAUUCUUCUCAACAGCAAUAGAAUCAUUACCAAAAGCUUUGAAUAUUCUUUCCUUGUCCCAUGGCUAGGCACAGGUCUUCUGAUCAGUACUGGCAACAAAUGGAGAAAAAGAAGAAAGUUGUUGACCCCUGCUUUUCAUUAUGGGAUUCUGAAUGACUUCGCUGAAGUAUUCCAGGAGCAAGCACAAAUAUUCGUUGAAAAACUCAAGCCAUUGGCAGAUAGUGGAAAAACAUUCAACAUAUGCACCUAUGCAACCAACUGUGCAUUGGACAUUAUUUGUGAAACAGCCAUGGGUGUCAACUGUGGAUCACAACACGACGCAGAGGCAGAGUAUCCUAAAGCUGUUUUGAGUAUGUGUGCUCUUAUACAGAAACGUCAAGUAAGAGCAUACCUUUGGCCAGAGUUUAUUUACAGUUUGACCAAAAGUGGCAAGGAACACAACCGUGCGGUCAAAAUCCUUCACAAUUUUACUUUGAAGGUUAUCAAAGAAAAAAUAAGUAAGCGGAAAAUGAAAGAGGAAAAGGUUGUUGAGAAGAAGCGACUUUCUUUCUUGGAUUUAUUGCUUGAUUGUCACGAGCGUGGCGAGAUCGAUGUUGAAGGCUUGAGGGAAGAGGUCGAUACUUUCAUGUUUGAGGGCCACGACACCACUGCGUCGGGCAUUUUCUGGUCAUUGUAUCUGCUUGGAAGACAUCCAGAGGUACUCAAGAAAGUUCAAGAAGAGGUUGAUAGAGUUUGGAGUAACCAAGGAAGCAAAUCUUUUCUUGACAUGUCCAAAGACCUAGAGUACCUGACUUGUGUUAUCAAGGAGAGUCUUCGUCUUUUCCCACCUGUUCCAUUAUUUGCAAGGGACACCCAAGAUCCUGUCGACCUUGGAGACGGCCUAGUUCUUCCGGCAGGCUCAACAUUUGGAAUCGCAGCGUUUUUACUUCACCGAAACCCUGAUUUCUGGGAUCAUCCUGAUGACUUCAUCCCAGAAAGAUUUCUGGUUGAAAACUCCAUCAAACGCCACCCAUUUGCAUAUGUACCGUUUUCUGCUGGACCAAGAAACUGCAUAGGCCAAAAGUUUGCUUUAUUGGAGGAGAAAAUUGUACUGUCAAACUUUCUGCGCCAUUACGACAUUACCUCGCUUCAAAGUCCUGAUGACCUCGAUCUUUCUGCUGAAAUCAUUUUGCGUACCCAGACUGGUUUGUCAGUGAAAAUUUCAAAGAGAAAGUAGAAUGUUGAAGCUGCUAUUUUGAAGUGUAUGCCAUUCAAGAUAAAUACCAACUAUACAUGAUUGUAUUUGCAGUUUGCUGAAUUAGAACAUGAAAAUAUAAAGAAAUCUAUAAUUAUGAAAAGUUUUAGAAACAGCUACAGUGACUAGAUGCUGCCUAGAGUAUGUUUAAAAGUAAAGAGGAUGCUAUAGAUUAGAUAACGCAUUUACUUACGAAUGAUUUGGUUUAUCAUCCUUCUCCACGACUUACAUGAUUUUUCAUGUAAUUUUUAUCAUUUUCCAAAAAAUAGAAUUUUAUGGUUUGUUUUACGUACAAAACUUUUUUUGCUAUUUGGAAAGUGUUGUUUGGAAGAUGAUUGUUAUUGAAAGAAACAUAAUUGAGCUGAGAUUAAAAGCUCUUUUCGAGCAACA